AAAUGGGGCAGAGGAAGAAGAGGUCCUCCAAGGAGUCAUAGAGUUUGCUUGAGCUUCCUAGAGUGGCCAAAAGUGGGGAAAACUGGAGGGAGUAGAAGAAAGGAGGGGGAAUCCGGAGGACUAGAAGGUGCUGCAAAAUCAGGAUCCUCGAUUCUUUGGGGUGGAGAGGAAAGAGCUGGGGUCUGAAAAUAUUUGUCCCCUUCUCAAGAUGCAAGAGGUCAAGAGACCCAACAAAAAAGGAAAAGGAAAAUUUUGUAGAGCAACCUGUGGCAGGAGACAAGCCAGCAAAUUGUGGAAACAGAAAAUGUUGAAACCCAAAGGGAUCUGAAAACACCAAAGGAAAUCCAUUCCAACAAUAAGAAAAAAGAAAUCCUUUGCAUCCCAUGAGGCUGAUAUAGGGACUUGGCAGCCAAAGGAAAAGAAGAAUCUGUGGGAUAAUACUAAGAGGUAAAUUGCUUUUAGACAUAUUCCCAUGGAGGACAAACUGUACCAAUGCAUGGAAUGUGGAAAGUGCUUCCAUGAUCAGGGCGCAUGUGCCGAACACCAACAAACCCAUGCAGGAGAUAAACCAUGUACAUGGGUGGAAUGUGGGAAGAUAAAUGGUGCAGCAUGUGCUCCGCAUCAAAAAAUACAGAUAGCGGAAAAACCCUACAAAUGCAUGGAAUGUGGAAAGAGCUUCAUCAGCACCAGUGCUCUUAUUUUACAUGAGAGAACCCACACGGGGGAGAGACCUUACGAAUGCAUAGAAUGUGGGAAGGGUUUCACCAUGAGCAGCGCUCUUACUUUACACGAGAGAACCCACACGGGGGAAAGGCCCUAUAAAUGUAUGGAAUGUGGAAGGUGCUUCAGCGAAGGCAGCAAGCUGACUAUCCAUGAGAGGAUCCACACAGGGGAGAAGCCGUACAAAUGCCUAGAAUGUGGCAAGCGCUUUGCCGUAAGCAGUGCUCUAAGUUUGCAUGAAAGAAUCCACACCGGGGAGAAACCAUAUCAAUGUACCGAUUGUGGAAAGCGGUUCCGUGUAAGCAGUCACCUCACUUCCCAUAAAAGAACCCACACAGGUGAGAAACCAUAUAAAUGCUUGGUAUGUGGCAAGAUGUUCAGUGAUAGCGGUGCAUGUGCUAAACAUCAAAGAAUUCACACAGGGGAGAAGCCCUACAAAUGCAUGGAAUGUGGGAAGACCUUCAUUAGCAGCAAUUCUCUUGCUUUACAUGAACGAACCCACACGGGAGAGAAGCCAUACAAGUGCGUGGAGUGCGGAAAGAGCUUCAACAGGAGCGGGACUCUCACGUCCCAUCAAAGAAGGCACACAGGGGAGAAGCCCUAUACCUGUGAAGACUGCGGAAGGAGCUUCAGUGAUAGCGGGACCUGCGUCAGACAUCGGAGAACCCACACGGGAGAGAAACCGUAUAAAUGCACCGAAUGUGGAAAGAGCUUUAGUCAGUGUGGCGCAUGUACUAUCCAUAAAAGAAUUCACACCGGGGAGAAACCUUACAAAUGCGUGGAAUGUGGCAAGACUUUCAGGUGCACCAGCGCUCUUAUUUUACAUGAGAGAACCCACACAGGGGAAAAACCCUACAAAUGUGAGGACUGUGGAAAGUGUUUCAGCGAAGGCAGCAAAUUGACAAUCCAUGGAAGGAUCCACACAGGGGAGAAGCCAUACAAAUGCGUAGAAUGUGGAAAGCGCUUCACUGUGAGUAGCGCUCUGAGUCUCCAUGAAAGAAUCCACACGGGGGAGAAACCGUAUCAGUGUACCGAUUGUGGAAAGAAGUUUCGUGUCAGCAGUGACCUCACGUCCCAUAAAAGAACCCAUACAGGUGAGAAACCAUACAAAUGCGUUAUAUGUGGGAAAAGGUUCAGCGAUAGCGGCGCAUGCGCUAAACAUCAAAGAAUCCACACUGGAGAAAAGCCCUAUAAAUGCAUGGAAUGUGGGAAGAGCUUCAUUUGCAGCAGUUCUCUCGCUUUACAUGAAAGAACACACACAGGGGAGAAGCCGUACAAGUGCGUGGAGUGUGGAAAGAGCUUCAACCGGAGCGGGACUCUCACGUCCCAUCAAAGAAGGCACACAGGGGAGAAGCCCUAUACCUGCGAAGACUGCGGAAGGAGCUUCAGCGAUAGCGGGACUUGCGUCAGACAUCGGAGAACCCACACGGGAGAGAAACCGUAUAAAUGCACUGAAUGUGGAAAGAGCUUCAGUCAGUGCGGCGCAUGUACUAUCCAUAAAAGAAUUCACACCGGGGAGAAACCUUACAAAUGUGUGGAAUGUGGCAAGACCUUCAACAGCCGUGGGGCAUGCAUGAAACAUCAGCGAACGCACACAGGGCUCAGCAUGUAGGGAAAGACUAUAUGCAGGACUGUAAUUCCCUGUAUAAACCUUCCAGAACCCUAAGAUCUUCAGGGGAAGGCUUUCUCUCGGUCCAGCCAUCAUGUCAUGCUCACUUGGUGAGGGCAUGAGAAAGAGAGCCUUCUCAAUGCUUGCUCUCAGCCUUUGGAACUCCCUUCCACAGCAAGCUAGCCUGGUCCCUUCCUUGCUUUCUUUUCUCCAACAGACAAAAAACCUUUUCUUUCCAAGCAGGCUUUUAAUACAUAAUUACACCCAGGGAAGUUUCUUAUUGGGGUGUUUGCUUUGCUAUGUCUUUAAUGGUUUUAUAUUUUUAAUUUAGUAUAUCUUAGGCAUUUUGCAUUUUUGGCUUAUUACACUAAUGUGGUGUUUUCAUUGUGGUUUAAUAUUGUACUGUGUUGUUGCUGUUGUUGUUUUUAAGCACCUGUUGUGAGACGCCUUGGGUUUGGUUUGGGAGAAAGGCAGCAUAUAAAUAAAAUAAAUUUCAAUCCUGAGUUUUAGGUAUCGAAAAAUACAAAUUUUUCUAAUCAGCUGAGUCCUAUUUCCCCUGGCUAGCAUGCGCCAUGUGUUCCCUGGAGGAGUCUUUGAGUGAGGAUGAAACUGAGAUGUUGGGGAUCCAGGAAGGAAGGAAUCCCCAAGAGUAUCAUAGAAUCCUGGCGUUGGAAGGGACCCCAAGGGACAUCCAGUCCAACCCCAUUCUGCCAUGCAGGAAUUCACAGUCCAAGCUGUCCUGACAGAUAGCCAUGCAAGCUCUAUUCAAAAAUUUCCAAAGAGGGAGACUCCACCACUCUCCCGGAGAGCAUCUGCCACUGUCAAAAAGUCCUUCGCGCCAGGAAGUUCUUCCUAACAGUGAGUAAACAUGUUCAAGGAACAGCUUGUCUGAUUUCUGGUCUCUCUGUCCUCCUUUGCUCUUGACUGUGAAAUCAGGAGAUCUGUCCUUCUUUUUGGAUGUUGGGCUUUCAGUUGCAAAUCCAUCUCAGAUUGGAGGAAUGAACAAAGGUUUGAAGACAAUCGAGGCACAGACAACAAUUCAUCUGGACGUGAAACGGUUUCUCUCCUUGCUCAUUGAUCUGGGGAGGAUUUUCCGUAAAUCUCUUUCUGUGUGAAAUGGUUGCUGGAACCAAUGCUUGUGUUCUUUGUUUCUAUAAUCAAUAAAGGGAUCCAUAUUUUACAGAA